UGAGAAAAAGGGUAGAAAUACGUUGCUGAAAGGGUGGAUGAGAGGAAGACAUUAAUUUUGCCGGAAGCUCCAGCAAUGAAGGAGUGGACCUCGCUUCCAAUACUUUCACUGCGAGCGUGAUAGACAGAUGCCUCUUCCAAUAAGAGCUGGACUUGCCUUAUAUAUACACACCAGUGAAGGGAACGCGUCUUCACUUCUCCACCGGUUCAGUGGGAAGUUGUUUGAAAUGGCCCGGACCAAGCAGACGGCGCGCAAGUCCACGGGCGGGAAGGCCCCGCGCAAGCAGCUGGCCACCAAGGCCGCCCGCAAGAGCGCGCCGGCCACCGGCGGCGUCAAGAAGCCGCACCGCUACCGGCCCGGCACCGUGGCCCUGCGCGAGAUCCGCCGCUACCAGAAGUCCACCGAGCUGCUGAUCCGCAAGCUGCCCUUCCAGCGCCUGGUGCGCGAGAUCGCGCAGGACUUCAAGACCGACCUGCGCUUCCAGAGCUCGGCCGUCAUGGCGCUGCAGGAGGCGUGCGAGGCCUACCUGGUGGGCCUGUUCGAGGACACCAACCUGUGCGCCAUCCACGCCAAGCGCGUCACCAUCAUGCCCAAGGACAUCCAGCUGGCGCGCCGCAUCCGCGGGGAGCGGGCAUAAGCGGUCCCCAUCGACUGGUGGUGACCUUGAAUCCAAAGGCUCUUUUCAGAGCCACCCAAAAUUUCAAUUAGAGCUGUAGGGAAAGAGGCUAGUACUUAGGACCUGGUACCGAUUAAGAGC